GCUUGGCCUGCUGGAGGGCAGCAGCAGCAGAAGACAGUGAAACUACGGUGAAGAGGAGUAGCAGCUCACCCUCUCAUGGCCUGCCAGUCUGUCUCCAUCAUCAACAUGGACGAGCAGGCUCUGCUGGGGCUCAACCCAAACGCGGACGCCUGCUACAGGCAGAAGGCGAUGGUGUAUUUUGAGCAGUUGAAGGAGUCCCAGGAUGCCUGGGAGGUGUGUGCAGAGGCCCUGGCUAAAGGCAUUUACAGUGACGACCAUGUGAAGUUCUUCUGUUUCCAAGUCCUGGAGCACCAGAUCAAGUACAGACAUGGAGGUCUCAGUGCUGCCCAGCAACAGCUGAUAAGAGAAACCCUGAUGAAAUGGCUGCAGUGUCAGUUAAUGAACUCUCAGCCAGAGAAGCCGUUCAUCCGUAACAAGGCAGCCCAGGUGUUUGCUCUGACCUUCGUGAUGGAGUUCCUGACCCACUGGCCCAAGUUCUUCUAUGAUAUCCUGUCUCUAGUGGGUCUGAACCCACACGGGGUAGACGUCUACCUCAGAACACUGAUGGCUAUCGACGCUGAGGUGGUGGACAGAGAUAUCCUGCACUCACCUGAGGAGGUGCGUAGGAACACCUUAAUAAAGGAUGGAAUGAGGGAGCAGGUCAUCCCCAGCCUGGUUGAGUCCUGGUACCAGAUCCUCGGGGCUUAUCAGCAGUCUCACCCUGAGAUCACCUGUCAGUGUCUGGAGGUGGUAGGGGCAUACGUCUCCUGGAUAGACCUCAACCUCAUCGCCAACGACAGGUUCGUCAACCUGCUGCUGAGUCAGAUGUCUGUGCAGGACCUGAGAGAGGAGGCAUGUGACUGUCUGUUUGAGAUUGUUAACAAAGGCAUGGACCCCACAGACAAGACCAAGCUGGUUGAAUCCCUCUGCCAGGUCCUGCAGUCUGCCGGCUUCUUCAAUGUGGAGGAGGAGGAGGACGUGGACUUCCUGGCUAAGUUCUCCAGACUGGUUAAUGGGAUGGGCCAAUCUCUGGUGCUGAGCUGGACCAAACUGGCCAAGGGGGGCGCCGUGAAAGACGCCACGGAGACGCUGCGCGCGCUCGAGGCCAAGGUUCCGCUGCUCCUCCAGCUGUUGGUCCACGAGGACGACGACAUCUCGGCUAACGUCGUCGGGUUCUGCUACGACUACCUGCACAUACUCAAACAGGGCUCAGAGUGGCAGGGUACCAUGCGUCAGGUAGGGAGAGGAGGACAGGAGGCCGUUGAAGAGUACUGGGAAUCAGACAAGUUCCCUCUGCUGACAGACCAACAGAAAACUAACGUUGAGGCCAUAAUGUUGGCAGUCAUGAAGAAACUGACUUAUGAUGAGGAGUACAACUUUGAGAAUGAGGGGGAGGAUGAAGCGAUGUUUGUAGAGUACAGGAAACAGUUGAAGAUGUUGUUGGAUCGUCUGGCUCAGGUUUCUCCUGAACUGCUACUGGAAGCUGUGCGCAGGGUUUUCAACAGCACCAUGCAGACGUGGCAGACGGCCCCGUUCAUGGAGGUAGAGGUGGCCAUCCGGCUGCUCUACAUGCUGGGAGAGGCUCUGCCUGCGUCUCACGGAGCUCACUUCUCUGGCGACACGGCCAAGACCUCGGCCCUGCAGGAUAUGAUGAGAACGCUGGUCUCCUCUGGGCUCAGUGGGUACCAACACACCUCUGUGGCGCUGGAGUUCUUUGAGACGGUCGUUCGCUACGACAAGUUCUUCCUCGUGGAACCGCAGCACAUUCCUAACGUCCUGAUGGCCUUUCUGGACCAUCGAGGCCUGAGACACAGCAGUCCUAAGGUCCGCAGCAGAGUGGCCUACCUCUUCUCACGAUUCGUCAAGACACUGCAUAAACACAUGAACUCCUUCGUUGAAGACAUCCUGACCAGGAUACAGGACCUGCUGGAGCUAGCGCCUCCUGAUAACGGUUUCCCGGCGCUGCUGACCAGCGAUGACCAGCUGUUUAUGUUUGAGACGGCGGGGGUGUUGAUUGUCCACGGAGAGAGUCCUGCCGAGAGGAAGCAGGCUCUGAUGAGAUCACUGCUGACCCCGCUGACCGACGCCUUCCGUCUGCUGCUGGCCAAACUGGCCUCCGAGGGAGAGGAGGAGAGGCAGGCCGCACUGGCAGACUGUCUCAGUCACGCUGUCGGCUUCGCUAGGUAAAUACACUAACCCAGGAGGAGAGGCAGGGUGCCCUGGCAGACUGUCUCAGUCACGCUGUCGGCUUCGCUAGGUAAAUACACUAACCCAGGAGGAGAGGCAGGGUGCCCUGGCAGACUGUCUCAGUCACGCUGUUGGCUUCGCUAGGUAAAUACACUAACCCAGGAGGAGAGGCAGGGUGCCCUGGCAGACUGUCUCAGUCACGCUGUUGGCUUCGCUAGGUAAAUACACUAACCCAGGAGGAGAGGCAGGGUGCCCUGGCAGACUGUCUCAGUCACGCUGUUGGCUUCGCUAGGUAAAUACACUAACCCAGGAGGAGAGGCAGGGUGCCCUGGCAGACUGUCUCAGUCACGCUGUUGGCUUCGCUAGGUAAAUACACUAACCCAGGAGGAGAGGCAGGGUGCCCUGGCAGACUGUCUCAGUCACGCUGUUGGCUUCGCUAGGUAAAUACACUAACCCAGGAGGAGAGGCAGGGUGCCCUGGCAGACUGUCUCAGUCACGCUGUUGGCUUCGCUAGGUAAAUACACUAACCCAGGAGGAGAGGCAGGGUGCCCUGGCAGACUGUCUCAGUCACGCUGUUGGCUUCGCUAGGUAAAUACACUAACCCAGGAGGAGAGGCAGGGUGCCCUGGCAGACUGUCUCAGUCACGCUGUUGGCUUCGCUAGGUAAAUACACUAACCCAGGAGGAGAGGCAGGGUGCCCUGGCAGACUGUCUCAGUCACGCUGUUGGCUUCGCUAGGUAAAUACACUAACCCAGGAGGAGAGGCAGGGUGCCCUGGCAGACUGUCUCAGUCACGCUGUUGGCUUCGCUAGGUAAAUACACUAACCCAGGAGGAGAGGCAGGGUGCCCUGGCAGACUGUCUCAGUCACGCUGUCGGCUUCGCUAGGUAAAUACACUAACCCAGGAGGAGAGGCAGGGUGCCCUGGCAGACUGUCUCAGUCACGCUGUUGGCUUCGCUAGGUAAAUACACUAACCCAGGAGGAGAGGCAGGGUGCCCCUG